AAAGACAAUUUUCGUGAACGAAUGGAACGAACAAUGUUAUGUAUUUUACGAAUUUAUUAAAAUAUAAUCGUGGUUUUUUAUGCAUAUUAUUCCAAAAAAUCUUACACAAGCAAUAAAUAUACAAGUUUUCGAAGAAAAUCACAGUGACACUAAAAUAACCCUUUCAAUGACCGUUAACCGACUAAGUUAAGGUGUACAAUAAUAACAAACGGUGUUUAUAGUAUCGUAUAACAACCAAACUUAUCCGUAUUAUCACAAUGCUGUCAGUCAUCACUUGUGGAUUUUUUGUUUGCAUUCUUUGAAAGUUUGAAUAGUUUUAAGUUUGUUUCUCAAGCUCAAGUGUAAGACGUAGGUAGAGAUUCUUUCCUGUGUGCUCAAGUGAAGAGUUAUUAAUAUGUUUUGUUUUUUUCUUUGCCUACUUUGCAAACGCGAUACACAUUCCCUGACAAAGUUUCAAUUUCAAGUCGCAGUCUUCAUAUGGGCGUCCUUUGGUCCACAAAGACUUCUAUUUGGUUUAAUUUGGUUUUAUAUUCAGAAAGAGUUGUAAAAUAAUGGCUCCACAUACGGGUUCGGCUACUCCUGAACAAAUUGAUGCACUCCUCAAUUUCCUGGACGAGCAUAGGGAUCUUGCUCGCGGGAGAUUGAGGAGUCUAGAAGGAAAAGUCCAGGCGAAGAGGCUGUGGGAUGAAUUGUGCAAUACGCUCAAUUCCAUGGGCGGUUGCAUAAAGACAGUUCAGCAGUGGCAAAAGGUAUGGUUUGAUAGAAAACAUCUGGCCAAAAAAGCCGCUGCUGAUUCCCGGAGGUCGGCUUCAAUGACUGGAGGUGGUCCAUCAGUGGCACCCCAACUCUCCCAUUCGGAAUUAAAAGUCUUAUCCAUAAUGGGAGAUGGGUUCGGUGACCGCCAAAUUGGAGCCAGAGUGCCAGCUUUCACUGAAACGAAUGAAUCCAGACCAUCAACCUACAGUCAAGGAAGCCAACUGCAGCAGCAGAGCCUGGACUUGCAUGUAGAAGUUCAGAAGUACGCCGACCCAAGCAAAGAAAGCCAGCAGGUCUACUCUAAUUCAACGAAAAACGAAAUUUCGAUCGAAAUUGAUACACAAGAAGCCUCACAAUCUGCACGUCCCAGAAGAAUACGAUCUGCUGCUGGCUCCGAUGUCAGAAGCAGGUUGUACCAGUAUGAAGAUGGACGUGCAGAGAGAGAGACAGUGAGGAACACCGAGCUCGCAGGCAUCAGGGCUGCCUUGGAAGAGUUGCGUGACAUAGGGCGAGAUUAUUUAGAGUUUUUAAGGCAAAAUAGGCGUUAGGUUUUAAAUAAAUUUAUUUUUG